GUCGUGCGUUGCGUCUCUAAUGACACCAUAUGCACGAAGCUUUUAAAAAAAAAGCUACAGCCUGUAGCGGCGAGCAACAGAUCAUACAGAUCAUAGAAAGCAAUUAUCCAUUCUCCAAGAAAAAGCUUCGUCUCCGUGUCAAUCAUUCCAUGCAAAUGUAUUAGGAGGGAAGAUCUUUUUUUUUCAAUUCCCGAAACAGCGACUGUAAAGCGCCUAACAUGUUUAAUACCUUGGGGGCUCUGUUGUAACAGGACCGAAAGCCAUCUCCCCUCCUGCUCCUGCACAGAGUCAGUUCUUCCUGAUGCGUCUUACUCCAGUGUAGCUCUGGGAACUACAGCUGAGAGUGCUGGGCGCUCCUGCCCUUUAAGAACAGUUGCAAGGGAUAGGGUGGGAUUGUAAUCCAUCCAGUGGUAUCUUAAUUCACAGAAAGGGAGACUCGCCACCGGGCUGUCUCGGGUUUUGGAAGAAAAGCGUCGUCGAUGCAGAUUUCCAGCCUUUAAAUCCCGCCAUGGAUGAAAUGCUCAAUCGGGAGUCGAAUUUGCUGGGAGAAUAAGUUCUUAUACAGUACAUAGCCUAUACAUCUCAUUUCAUGAGAGUGCAUGGUGAUUCUACCUUUUGGCGUGCAGUAGUAGACAAGCCGUUUGGUCACGCCGAUGGAAAUUUGGUUUCAUGUGUGCUUUGCAAAGGAUUGGGAUUUUAUGAUUUAUAUUGUGAAGGCGGAGACAUAAGGCAGUUUCAGAACACAUGCAGCACGCCGAGUUAAGGGAACAAUUUUCCUGAAAUUUCGGAACUGGAGGUCUAGGUGUUUUUGGAUUAUUUCCUUAGAAAUGAUUCUGGUUCCAGUUCUUUGGUUUUUAUCAGAGACUUUCGCUGCGCCGUCACUUACAGCUGAGCAGAUUAACAUGGGGGUGGACUGGCUGAGCAAGUUUGGUUAUCUCCCACCGCCAGAUUCAGUAACUGGACAGCUUCAGACCAAGGAGGCGCUCACUGAAGCCAUCAAAGCCAUGCAGAAGUUCGGAGGCUUGGAAGAGACAGGAGUUCUAGAUGAAGCCACGCUGGUACUGAUGAAGACCCCACGCUGCUCCCUCCCAGACAUGUCCGAUGCAGGGAUGGACUCUGGGAGGCAGAAACGAGCAGCCUCUAGCCCGACAAAGUGGUACAAAAGACACCUGUCCUGGAGGGUCCGGAAGUUUCCGAAGGAGUCCCACCUCCUGGGCCACGACACCGUGCGCGCGCUCAUGUACUAUGCCCUCAAGGUGUGGAGCGACAUCGCGCCGCUCAACUUCCACGAGGUGGCCGGCAGCGAGGCGGACAUCCAGAUCGACUUCACCAAGGCCGACCACGACGACGGCUACCCCUUCGACGGGCCGGGGGGCACCGUGGCCCACGCCUUCUUCCCCGGCGACAGCUACGCGGCCGGAGACACCCACUUCGACGACGACGAGUCGUGGACUUUCCGGUCCCCAGAUUCCCAUGGAAUGGACCUGUUUGCCGUUGCAGUGCAUGAGUUUGGUCACGCCAUUGGUCUGGCUCAUACUUCAGCCAAAAAGUCCAUCAUGAUGCCUUACUACCAAGGUCCUGUGGGAGACCCCCUCAAAUACAACCUGCCCUAUGAAGACAAAGUCCAUAUCUGGCAGCUCUAUGGUGUGCGAGAUUCUGUGUCCCAUACUGCUCGUCCAGAUGUGUCCAGGACUGACGACCCCCCUGUCCUGCUGGACCUUCCUGAAAACAGAUCAACUGUCCCGCCCGCCCAGGACGCUCCGGACAGGUGUAACACGCACUUUGACGCAGUGGCUCAGAUUCGGGGAGAGGCUUUCUUUUUCAAAGGAAAGUAUUUUUGGCGUCUGACCAGAGAAAAACACCUUGUCUCACUGCGACCUGCUCAGAUUCAUCGGUUCUGGAGAGGCCUGCCCUUAAACCUGGACAGUGUGGAUGCAGUCUACGAGAGACCCAGCGAUCACAAGAUUGUCUUUUUCAAAGGAGAGAAGUACUGGGUGUUUAAGGACAACAAUGUAGAGGAGGGAUACCCAAGGCUAACCAGUGACUUCGGCCUGCCCCUUGAAGGAGUGGAUGCUGCCUUUGUUUGGCCACACAAUGACAAGACCUAUUUCUUCAUGGACAGACGCUACUGGAGGUAUGAUGACCAUCUACGGCGGAUGGAUCUGGGGUACCCAAAGGACACUAUGCUAUGGAAAGGAGUUCCGACACUUCUCGAUGACGCCAUGCGGUGGUCUGACGGCUCCUCAUACUUCUUCAAAGGGAAGGAGUACUGGCGGGUACAGGGCAGCGAUAUGGAGGUGGAAGUGGGGUACCCCCGAUCCAUCGGCAAGGACUGGCUGGCAUGCAGAGAGAUGCAGUCGGACUCUCCAGCCGCGGACGGCAACGGCACGGAGACGCGCUCCCAGGGGCAGCACCACGUCAGUCACGCGGAGAACGGCUACGAGGUCUGCUCCUGCACCUCGGCCGCCACGCCCCGCGGCCCCCUCUCCCGGACACGCGUCGGCCGGCUCCUCCCCCUCUGGCCGUGGACCCUCGCGGUGGUGCUGACCGCGCCGCUAUGAUAACGGCACGGGAGAGACAGGGGCGACCGUCUGGGCCGAAGGACAAGAGAAGUCUGGGCCGAAGGACAAGAGAUGAAGACACCGGUGGCUGGGGCUGGUCUCGCCUAUCGUGUCCGCCUCACAGCGAUGCACUCCUGGGAGCAAGUAGAGGCGAAUUCUGUGCUGAACUGAACAACAAAAGAAAAAAAUAACACGAUGAAGAACCCUCCACAGCUGAAAUAUUGUUUUCUCUUUUUGACUUUUCAGCGUGGAAUUCACCUCUAUUUGAUUCUUGUCAGUCUGCACUCUGACACACCUUCCCAAUCAAACCUCUUCAAACUACUGCCCGGUAAUACCUGUCAGAUUACUCGUUACAACAAGCAAAACAUGGGAUUUUAGAUGAUGAUGAUUAUUAUUAUUAGUGCUGAAAUUAUAGGCCUACCUGAAUUCUCUGAAAUCUCAUCUUCGAACCCUUGUUUCCAGAUGUGUCACUUCCUAUUCUCCAGGGGCUCAUUGAAUCUUCCCACGCCACCAGGUAUUUCCUGUGGAACUUGUGACUGACAGAUGGAUUGGAUGUUUCCUUGAAUCAAGACCUGUAUCUGUUUAAGAACAAAAUGAACUGGUGCCCAGGCUUUAAAACACAAUGCUAAAGGAAUGAUUUAUUUUUUGUACCAUUUACCGUCUUCAGUUUUCAAGGGAUUCUGCAAAGAUCUGAUUGUAUAAUAGGAAACAUAAUUUAGCCACAGCAAAAUUGACCAAAUGCAGAUUUGCUGUUUGAAGUACAGAAGAUGAAUGUCUGUACAAGUUGGUAAGGGGAAAAGCUCCCUUUAUUGAGUUACCAUAACUCUUAAGUUUAUUAAGAGAUAUGGUUUUUAAGAAAUUGGCAUUUCCUAUUUUGUAAAAUCCUACAAGUCAUAAUACUUCUUUGCAGGAUCCAAUGUAGGAUAAAUGUUAUAUAACUUAUCCUAAAUUGACUGCACAGACUUACGACGCCACUUCUUUGGAAACAGAGUCCCAGCUUGUUCUCGUUUUGUGCACUAUUGAGAUAUACCUGCUGACAGCACAAUGUGCGCUACAGUAUAUUCUGUAAGAUUUUACUAGAAUGUUUUUUUUUUGCUCUGCUCUGCAGCAUCCCCCCCCCCACCACCAUUUGUAAGAAUGAGCAAAGCUUUUUGAACUGAAAAUGAUCAGGCAUGAACAGGAAAUGUAUAGAAACCCUUUUUUACACUGCCUAGAUGAUGCAUAGCCAUCACAUUUUGCAAGCAGGACUGAAUGAAGUGAAUGGCAAUUACUUUGUUUCUUUUCUGAACUUGCACUGCUUUGGGUAGUGUCAAUAGGCAUAUAUCCUUUGAAACCUUUUCCAGGCUGGUGGAAUCAUAUAAGUAACACCAAUUAAAUGGGAUUCAAGGAAUGGGAAUGGGGAAUGGGUUCAAGGGCUGUAUGCUUUUUCAAACAAUGUUCAGUUUCACCCAAGGUUCUGAGUUAUAGGCCUGUAUCACUACUGAAGAACUUUAAAAUUGAAUGGAAAUUUGUACUGAUAUUAAUUCAAAAAGUGUCAAAUAUUCAACACAUACAGUUUAUAUAUAUAUUUAUAUAUAUUUUAGGAGAAUAAUGUGGUGGUUGAAAUGUAGGAAUCAUAAGCCAAUGGUUUUCUAAUUUAUGAAAUAUUUUCAUACAAAAUGAUGAAAAUAAAAUCCAUUGUAUUAUGAAUAAAAAUGUCUGGAUAUUAAGUUUGGAAGCAUACCCAAGAAACAUCAGUGGAAAUCUAAAGAGUUACUUUAAAUGAUGGAGUAAAUAUAAACAAAGUGUUUGAGCUUGGUCUUAUUUCUGAUGCACAGCAACAAAAAAAUGUGCUUUGCCUUUAUGUUCUCCAUUAAAAUGAAAACAAAUAGUAGUGUGUAUUUCAAAUGGCAGUGCAAAUUGUUUUUUGUUGCUUUAAAUAUUCAACAAAUAUUGGUAAAUUGGGACAUUCUUUAACAUCUCAUCUUAUUUCUCUCUUUUUACUGAGAAAUAUUGUGCUCUUUCAGUAAUGUGCUCCACUGCUAAUUUAAAUUUGUUUCUAUAAAACUGAAAUAGUUAUAUAUUAUACAAGGGCUUUUUCAUAUUUCAGUGUGGUUAUCACGUUGGGUUUGGACACCUUGUCUGGAAAAACUGUUCCUGGAUCAAAAUUCAGCAAACCUGGCAGGUGUUUUUUUCUUUUAGUUUGUUAGAAACUAUAAGAAUACAGUUAUAGAAAUCAGCUGUUUGUGACUGAGUUUCAGAGUCUCAAAGAAUUUGUUUUCCCUGCGGCUGCAGAAAAAGUUGUUUUGAUGUCUUUCAUUUUUUUCCAGCCCUCUCCCACUCCACCCUUGAAACACUGGAAUCCUGACCAUCCUAUCUCCAGAAUGCUAAAUAGAAAAUCCAGAAUACUAAGCAGGCUAGAAGAGAUAUCAACUGGCCGAAGUGACUGUUUUCCAGUCUCUGUCAGCCUCAAUUCCUCACUUCAGAAACACGACAUCAUGACUGUCCUUUUGAAAUGAAUAAUGUUUUCCGCCAAUUGUUCUGAAAGGUACUGUAGAGGGUAUAAUGAUUUCCUAUGGGUGCUCAUUAAAAGGUCUUCUGCUUUAUGAGGGACAGAUCUUUUGUAGCCCAAAGCUUCUUGCCUCUAAUUCUUCCAACCAGCUGCUUUGGGAAAUUCCUGUCUGACUGGCAGGACUGUGUCUGCUCGCUUGUGAGUAGCUCAUAAGAACCUGUCUGAAUUCAAGUCACACUGGCUUUCCACAGCUGUCGGCGAACAAUGAUUCUCAGUCACUCUCAGGGUCCUUGCUGUAUCUUAGCCUGGGUCACAGAGCAGUCAAUAAAGGCAGAGAGCACGUUCACAAGCCAUUUGACAUUUUUGAAUAUAAUGUAGAGAUGGUUUAAUACCCUGCAAAGUUAUUUCUGCUGGACGUUUUCUGAAACAUCCAGACCUGAGAGAUUCGGAAGGGGGGGCACAGCGUUAAGGAAAACAUCUAUGGAAAGCCGGAGAGCUCAUUUUAUUCCUGAAAAGUGCAAAUACAUUAAAUACAGAUAAAACAAUAAACCUUUUUAUGAUGAUGUUCAAUUGAAUUAGUAUGUUACUGAUAUCUAUUUUUGUUAGUGAAGAGAAGCUUCGGUUCAUGGUUUGGGCUGAGCUCUUCCUCGAAUACUGUAUAUCAUUAAACAUUUUCCAGGAAACCUCAGGAGUCUAUUCAAAUACCAGUUUGGAAACCACAUGUGCAGGAACGUGGCUGUAGAUGCCACUAAUGUGUAAAAAGCAACAUUUCUUUCUCGUUAUAUUGUUUCAAUAAAUUAUUGGUAUAUUUUAA